AUGGCUCUAAGCUACUACUACAACUUUCAAACGCCCGAACUCGAACCCGUGCCCGAUUAUAACUUCGACCCAUUGCCCGAUUAUUUCUUCGAUUUCAACGACGCAUUUUCCUUCGAGCCCAACUAUUUCGAGUCGCUUUUCUCUCCCGAAUACAACAACAUCGGCAGCAACAACAACAACAAUGUUAACAGUACCACAUUCGAAUCGAGUUACGACCCUCAAGAAACGCAUCCUCCGAAGCGCUACAAGCAAAUGUUGUACGACGAGCUUCUCGUCGAACCCGAGCUAAGCGGGCCCCACAGAUUCGCAAUCCGGGCCGCUAACGAUGUUACUGGGCAGCCGCCGUCGGCCCAGAGCGUCACGGCCCGGGAGAGGCGGAGGAGGAUAAGCGAGAAGACGCGCGAGCUCGGGAGUCUCGUCCCGGGGGCCCACCGGAUGAACACGGCCGAGAUGUUUCGGGCCGCGUAUAAGUACAUCGAGUUUUUGCGGGCCCAAGUCGGGAUUCUCGAAUUUAUGGGCUCAUAUGAGAAGGUGUAUGAGAGUCAUGAGGAGAUGAAUGGUCUAUUGGGGUCGUGUUUGGUUCAGGAGAAGUUGUACGGUGCGGGAAGGUGCAUGGUCCCGAGUGAGUUCGUGCGAGGAUUGGCCAAUGAGGAGCUGAAGGGUUUUGAGGGAGAAAUUGAAUUUUUGAUUCAUGCUAGUCCCGUUUAA